GCAGUUUGUUUGCAGUAGCAACCCGAUAUCUCGGUUGGUUGUUAGGGCAGAAAGAGGAGUAUUUAAAUUACUUUUCAGUGGAAAGGAAGAAAGACUGAGUUCCUACUCUUUAUUUGUAGUAGUCAAAAGACAUUGGGAGGCUUAAAUGAACAAAAUCUCACAUGUUCAUUCUCUGUUUUUUUGGGGGGGGGGCUGUGUGCAUGUGUUUCUCUGCACAUGCCUUCUUCCAAUCAUUUCAGCAAUAUCUGCUCAGCUUGAGAAUUUUGAUAGCAUAACAAGGGCAAUUCGACAGGGUGGGGAAGGGAGAGGAAGUCUCCUCUGUGUGAGUUUGUGUCUGUGGUUUCCCACCCCCUCUGCUCCUUUUCUUUCUUUCUUUGCAGUAAUUCAAAAGUGUUCUGUGAAUAUGAUGCAGUUUAGAUUUCUUUUCUUUCUUUUUUUGCAGUAAUUCAAAAGUGUUCUGUGAUUAUGAUGCAGUUUAGAUUUAUAGCAGAGCUGAGUGUGUUUGCUGCCUUAGUCAGCUGUGAGAGAUCUCCCGCUGGGACCGAUCCUUUCUGAUGGAAAAGGAGCAGCUGGGAAGGUGCUGUUUCAGGCUCUUGCUGGUAUUAAAGAGAGGGGGAAAAAAAUAGUCGCUUGUAUUGGAGAGGGGAAAACAGGUCAUGUGACGCCAGCCCUCCUACCCGAUGUCACAGUGUGGAGGAGCACCGAUUGGUCUUGCCCAAUCACGCAUGGAAUGUCGCUUGCCACUUGGGCUAUUUCUGCUAUCUGUCGCUAUCAGUGCAGCAGUGCUAACACUUUGGCAGAUGGGACACUUUUUCUUGGAGUUUAUGUCUUUAGUUCUUAACUGCUGGCAGUGCCUGGCCUUGUUGCCUUCCCUCUCCUCUGCUUUCUCCCGCGACCAUGGCCCAUCGGUUGCGGUUUCAUUUUGGCUCAGGGCGAAGCAAUACAGCUCCUGAACUGGAGAUUCUAGACCCUGAGAGGGAGGAUAAUGACGAUUUUUUCAUGGCAUUCCACACUUUGCCAAGAAGGAAUGGGCCUCACCCUUUCUCCAGGCACAGAAUCGAUUGUGAAGAUGGCAGCGGCCGUCUGCAGGAAGGUGGCUCCUUAAAAAGAAGCACAUCCAUGUUUAUCCCACAGCUUCUGAACAGCUUUGAUGCGCGUCCCAUGAGGAGCUCAUCCAUGCAGAUUUCCCUUCAGCGCAAUGCUGUGAAUGGACAUGCUGAUGAAUGUGGGUCUCCUCCAGAGGAGUCCUGUCACUUUUCUGGUCUAGGAGAGUGGCAUACCUCUCUUGAUGGAAGCCAUUCUUCUCCAAGCAGUUCACAGGUAACUCCGGAGGAUUCUCCAACGAGAGAACUUGAGAACAUGGGACAUGAGGUCAACGGAGGAUCUUCUAACCACACAAUAUUUUGUACAAUACCUUCUAACCACUGGAAUAAUAAGGGUGAAGCCAGCGGUCAAGAGGACAACACAAACAAAUCUGCGCUGGAUUUAAAUAUCAGCGGGGUAAGGAUUCAGCAUCGGGCUUCGAGUGCGGAUAUGCCUCAAGUUACGCUGAUGCCAUUUGGUCCAGAGCCCCCAAAUAAUGCUUCUUGCUCAGAACCCAGGCGCUGGUCUCUGCAGCACCUGCCAGAUGGGUCAGCCAACUCUGGGAAAAAGUUAUUUGUUCUUCAGUUGCAGCAGUCUCAGUCAAAUAGCGCAGGGGCAGGUUGUAAUUUUGGUUUUACAGGAACAAAAGGAGACAGGCUGGUCAGGUAUCCACGGAUACAGUUGGAGAGGAGCACCUCCUAUCCAGUUCAGCCACAGGCUGAUCGAAUUAGCUCCAUGGAAGAAGAUGCACAUUGUGGACAUGACCAACGUGGCCCCGUUAUGACCAGAAGCAAUUCAGUUGAGCGGAUUUCCCCAGGGCAAGGAUGCACUUUUAAAAUUCGUCCAGAUCAAAACUCAAGGCAGCAGCAUUUCAGAAUUCUUGUAACUCAUGAGAAGAACCAACCAUGUGGGCAAGAAAAUUCUAAUACAGCUGCUCCACUGGCAGCCAACUCAUCAACCAGAGACGACUUUCUGGGUCAAGUGGAUGUGCCACUUAAUCAUCUUCCAACUGAAGACCCAACUAUGGAAAGACCUUAUACGUUUAAAGAUUUCCUUCUUAGACCAAGAAGUCACAAAUCUCGAGUAAAAGGAUUUUUAAGGCUGAAGAUGGCUUACAUGCCAAAAAACGGUGGUCAAGAAGAUGACAGUGAUCAGAGAGAAGAUUCAGAGCAUGGCUGGGAAGUAGUCGACUCGGGAGAUUCCCCCCCUCAGCGCCAGGAAGAAUUACCCCCACCUCCCUUACCUCCUGGGUGGGAAGAGAAAGUGGACAACCUUGGGCGCACCUACUAUGUCAAUCAUAAUAACAGAACGACACAGUGGCAUCGGCCAAGUUUGAUGGAUGUGGCUUCUGAAUCUGACAACAACAUCAGGCAAAUAAAUCAAGAGGCUGCCCACCGAAGGUUUCGAUCAAGGAGACACAUUAGUGAGGAUUUGGACCCUGAGCCCUUGGAGAGUGGAGAUGUCCCUGAACCUUGGGAAACCAUUUCUGAAGAAGUGAACACAAGUGGCGAUUCCUUAAGCCUGUCCUUGCCCCCUCCGCCUGCUUCCCCUGUCUCUCGGACCAGCCCUCAGGAGUUCUCUGAGGAAUUGAAUAGAAGACUUCAGAUCACUCCUGAUUCAAAUGGGGAACAACUCUCUUCUAUGAUUCAAAGAGAUCCUUCUGCAAGGUUGCGAUCUUGUAGUGUAACUGAUGCUAUUGCCGAACAGUCUCUUUUAUCACUGCCGAGUGGCCCAUCUAGGAGACUUCGUUCUUCCACGGUCACUGGGGGUGAAGAGUCAACGCCAUCAGUGGCCUAUGUUCAUACUACACCGGGCUUACCUUCAGGCUGGGAAGAGAGGAAAGAUGCUAAGGGACGUACUUAUUAUGUCAAUCAUAACAAUCGCACUACAACUUGGACUCGGCCUGUCAUGCAGCUUGCUGAAGAUGGUGCUUCUGGGUCAACAUCAAACAGUAACAACCAUCUAAGCGAGCCUCAGAUAAGACGGCCUCGUAGCCUCAGUACUCCCACAGUUACACUAUCUGCACCGCUUGAGGGACUUCUCAAGGACUCUCCUGUGCGAAGAGCUGUGAAGGACACCCUUUCUAAUCCACAGUCUCCUCAACCAUCUCCAUAUAAUUCUCCAAAACCACAGCAUAAAUUGACACAAAGUUUCUUACCUCCUGGCUGGGAGAUGCGAAUAGCACCCAAUGGUAGACCCUUUUUCAUUGAUCACAACACCAAGACCACAACAUGGGAAGAUCCCCGACUCAAAUUUCCAGUACACUUGCGGUCAAAAGCGGCUUUAAACCCAAAUGACUUGGGGCCACUUCCUCCUGGUUGGGAGGAAAGGAUUCAUUUGGAUGGAAGAACAUUUUAUAUAGAUCAUAGAAGCCAGGUGUUGCUAUGUGGCGAGAUUCAUACCCGAGACUUAGUGCCCUCUUACGAUAAUAAAAUUACUCAGUGGGAAGAUCCCAGGUUGCAGAAUCCUGCUAUUACAGGUCCAGCUGUUCCAUAUUCCAGAGAAUUUAAACAAAAAUAUGACUACUUCAGGAAGAAAUUAAAGAAACCAGCUGAUAUACCCAACAGAUUUGAGAUGAAACUCCACAGAAAUAAUAUUUUUGAAGAAUCGUAUAGAAGAAUCAUGUCAGUGAAGAGACCUGAUGUAUUAAAAGCCAGACUUUGGAUAGAAUUUGAAUCAGAAAAAGGCCUUGACUAUGGAGGAGUGGCCAGAGAAUGGUUCUUCCUGUUGUCCAAGGAAAUGUUUAACCCCUAUUAUGGCCUAUUUGAAUAUUCAGCAACGGACAACUAUACUCUUCAGAUCAAUCCUAAUUCUGGACUUUGUAAUGAAGACCAUUUGUCUUAUUUCACCUUUAUUGGUCGUGUUGCUGGAUUGGCUGUGUAUCAUGGAAAGCUUUUAGAUGGUUUCUUCAUUCGGCCUUUUUAUAAGAUGAUGCUGGGAAAACCAAUAACCCUAAACGACAUGGAGUCUGUGGAUAGUGAAUAUUAUAAUUCCUUGAAAUGGAUUCUGGAAAAUGAUCCCACAGAACUGGAUCUUAUGUUUUGCAUAGAUGAAGAAAACUUUGGACAGACAUAUCAAGUUGACUUGAAGCCAAACGGGUCAGAAAUCACAGUCACAAAUGAAAAUAAAAGGGAAUAUAUUGACUUAGUCAUCCAGUGGAGAUUUGUCAACAGGGUUCAAAAGCAGAUGAAUGCAUUUCUUGAGGGAUUUAUAGAACUCCUGCCCACCGACUUAAUUAAAAUUUUUGAUGAAAACGAACUGGAGUUGCUAAUGUGUGGUCUUGGUGAUGUUGAUGUGAAUGACUGGAGACAACAUGCAAUCUACAAGAACGGAUAUUGCCCAAACCAUCCUGUCAUUCAGUGGUUUUGGAAGGCUGUUUUAUUGAUGGAUGCUGAAAAACGUAUCCGGCUUUUGCAAUUUGUAACUGGGACGUCACGAGUGCCUAUGAAUGGAUUUGCUGAACUUUACGGUUCAAAUGGUCCUCAGCUGUUUACAAUAGAGCAAUGGGGAAGUCCUGAUAAGUUACCCAGAGCUCACACCUGCUUUAAUCGCCUUGACUUACCUCCGUAUGAAUCUUUUGAAGAAUUGCGAGAGAAGCUUCUUAUGGCUGUUGAAAAUGCUCAAGGAUUUGAAGGAGUGGAUUAAAUGGGCGCCUGCUCCUGCUUCUUCUUAUUGUUAUUCUUAUUGUUAUCUUAUUAGUAAAACAAAGAUUCUGUUCUCAGAGCAAGUUCUGCAAGCACUUUUUGAUUUGCCAGGCAGAAGUUUUCAGGAGAUGGAGCAGAACGAUUGCACAAUGGAGCAAGAAGCUUCUGCCAAGUGCCGAUGUCUGAAUCCAGCAAUGGGAAAUAACUUUCUUUCACUUGUGGAUAGUAUUUCUGAAAUUUCCACAACAAAUUACCCACUGGUUGAUGUAUACUCUGAUGACAUUUCAGCAGGACUUGUCUAUUUAUGUCGUGCCUCUGUAGGCAAAAGCCCUUAAUAAAUGUUUUACAUACUUUUUAAUGGCAAUGAAUGGAAUUAAUCAUUUUACAGGUAUAGUAUUACAGUUCACGUUUACUUUGGAACAAUGAUUUUCAAGUUUUAUUUCCUUGCAAUUAAAAAAAAUAAUAAUGUACUGGAAGAACGAACUCAUUUUGUUUCCUCUUAAUUUGCCUAGGCUGUAUGUAUGCCAUAAGCAUUCUUUUUCUCCAAAAAAAAUCUGCUUUUUGUUGUUUUCAUGCUCUUCUGGUCUUUCAGAAUAAGUAAUAUUUUUUUUUGUAAGAUAUUUUCUGCCAUUGGAAAUAUCCUAAAGUACCAAAUGCCUUUUUAAAUGUGUGAAUUGCAGUUACGCAAACUGCAACAAAUUUGUGAUGGGGUGGAGACAAUAUUUCUACAAAUCGUCUGGAUAUUUACAGGAAAACCAUGACAUAUUCCAGCAUGCCAAAUCUCUCCUUCAAUAAUGAAAUUGCCUCCCUAUUUCUUAAUAGUAUUUAUAUGUAUUAUAGCAUUUUUGGUGAUGGGUUUGGGCACUAUUGUCAUUGGGGGGGAAAUGUUUGUUUGUUGUAUAGUGACUGUUUUACCAAUUCUCUCCUCUCGCUAUGGAGGCAUUUUGAAUGAAUCCUGAUCUUGCUUGAUCUCAAGGCUGUAAAAAGUACUUUUCUGUUUGUAUGCAUUUGUUAGGAUCUAAAUGAGAAGGAUUGUCCCCUUUAUUUUUGAUUGCACCAAUCCUAGAAGCACUUUAUGUACCACAUGGAGAUCUUUUUUUAAAAAAAUCAUAAAUAUUAAUGUGAUAGUAUGCCUUCUCCUAGCCCAUGUCUUUUUGGUGCAAUAUCUUUCAUUUGUGAAAUCUGACAAUAGCUGAUGAAGUAUAGAAAAAAAAAAAAACUAGAGAGAGCUGAACUUAGAGACAUUAGUUGUAUUUUGUGGUGUUGGGCUCCACCCCCACCAAAAUUUAUUUAAUAAAUGCAGUUAUCUAGCCACUUUUAUAACGUAUGACAUGUUGCAUGAAUAAAUGAUAAUGCUUGUCUUGUAAA